AUGAGAUAUAAGGCGCGCGCGCGGCGGCUGCUGGGCCCGGGGCGCCGCGGGGCCCUGGACGUGCGCGCCGCGGCCGAGCGCUGCCGGCGGGCGCGGGGCGGCCGCGCCCUGCGCGACCUGCUCAAGGCGCUGGAGCUGCUGGAGCUGCUCUGCGUCCACCUCCUGCUGUGCCCCUGGCGCCGGGAGAUCCGCUCCCUCAAGACCUUCACUGGGAAUUUUGUCUACUACAUCCAGCCAGUGCUGGCGGAGGACAUUGUGAAAGAACUCCUGGAGAAAAUAGGUUAUGUUGCAACUACAGCAACAGAGUUUUCACUUGUCAAAAAGAGAAACAAUGAGGAGACAAAGCAGACUGCAUUUGAGAUAUUCCUGGCAAGAAUCGAGUGUGAAGCCAUCCUCGAGAUGACAAAUGAAGAAACACAUGGCAGUUUGGAGACGAGCCUGCAGCAGGGCACACAGACACAUCAGCAUCGAGGAGAGGAGGGUGAGGAAUAUCAGACACCCCAGAGAGGAGACACUGGAAGUCUGGGAAAUGAAGGGAGCAGUGAGACACCUUUGUGCCUUGUCCCCCAGCAGGAGUGUUCAGCUACCUGUGCUGCAUCCCCCAGCAGCCUCCAAGAGCACCUCCCGGGCAAGGGCUCAGACAGUGAGGACUUCCUGAUCAAAUACAGCGACAUUGUCAUAGCACAAACACCAAUCUUCAGCGAGAGUCCCUCUCCAAAGGCUUUGGAGAAGGAGCCAAGAGCCAGGCCGAGUGAGGAGUGGGCCUUGACAGGGGCUGCAGAGCUGGCUGCACGAGCCCUGGGGCCUGCACCUCUGUCCCCAGGAGCCAGCGGCCCCCCAGCCUUUGCCAUGUUUGCUGACAGUUCCUGUGACAGCAAAACCACCUUGCAGUUUGAAGCUCCAGGAGUCCCAGAAGGAUCAAUUGAAGCAGAAAUUAAUGAUGCCAUAAAUUGCAUAGACCCAGCCCCUGGUGAUGAACCUACUGAGCUGAAGUCUCUACCCUACAAGGACUUUUCCUCUGCCCAAAACUGCUGCAUCCCCAAGGAAGAGGACAAUUGUGAGAUGUCUUUAACCUUCACAGAACUACAAAUCAAGGAUGCUCAGGAAGAACUUAUAUAUCCAGUAGAAGAAAGUGGCCAGCCUGAGGCAGUAGCCUAUGCAGGAAGAAGUGACAGGCACAUUAAAGAAUUUAAUCACUCCCAAAUAAAACACACAUACCUGACUGAUGCUGAGGUGCACAAGAGAGCAGCGUCACACCCUGAGCCACCUUCAGGUCUGUGCUGCACUGCUGGGCACACAGAGGAUUCCACAGCUGGUUCUGACAGCAAGAGACUGUUUGUGGAUCCUCCUAAGGGACACUCAGCUUCUGAGUGCUUCAGGCAUGUCAGAGAGCCCCCCAACCUCACUUACAUCCCCCCCAAAAGCAUUGAUGUGCCGCCCUCACACGGGGGCAGGAGCAGCAGCCAGGGCAGGAGGAGCCUGGGGCAGCCUGCAGGUGACUCUGCUGGAGGCAGGGAAGGGAAGCUGGAGCACUGCAAUUCCCAAGAGACUGACAGCCAGGAGCCUUAUGUCAUCAUUGACAGAACCGACCAGGCAGGGCUGUGCCACCACAUCUGAGUCUGGAGUGCUUUAUCUGUCAUGACCUGGGGGGGAUUGUCCUCUCACCUGUGGCCUUGAUCCUGUUGUCAGGGAGAUGAUUAGCUCUGUCACAACAGUUCUAAAACCCAAAGCAUAUCACUGCUUUGGGACAGUAAAUAGCAGGAGUUACACAAAUUCCUAAUGGUUCCUCUCACAAGGAAACCUGAAUGGUCACCAUUUUAAAGGGUAGGCAAACUUCUAUAAAUUUAAAUCCAUUUAAUUCAUCAGUCAGAUUCCUUCUGGCUGUUCUUAAUGCCAGACAUUCUUUCUUCAGCUGGGCAUCCUACUUCUCUUUUUUACCUUCACAGACCUAUUCCUGGAAUAUUCUUCCAGUACAAGGUGAAUUCUUCUAAACUGGAAGAAAUGCCAUACUGGACUGUACUUUUGUUAACUCUCUGCAUUGCUUUCAAGCUGUGUCUGAGCUAAUCUUCCUCCUGACUUCAGCUGAAAACAGUUUAGAAAGUUUGAUAACAUUCCUUUAGCUUUAAAGAGGGAAACAGCUCUGUGAACACUUGGUUUUGUAAAGGCAUUAACCUAUGUUAUAGGCUUUAUAUCUAAUCAAUAUAUAACCAUUUGUUACCAAAGUAUUUUGUGGCCACCACCACAAUUUCCAUGAGAAGCCUUGAGCAUUGUAACUGUUCACUGCCACCAGCAGAGAGGUCCAGCUACAGCUGCCAUUUCCCUUGCCCUACUUUAAUGCUGCUUCAAGUAGCUUUUUCAGUAGCACUGAAAUGUGUGCUGGUCUGGGCUGGGGUAGAGUUAAUUUUCUUCACAGUGGCUAUAUGGAGCUCAGUUCUAAAUGCUAAAAAAUGCCUUUCAUGUACAGUUAAAAAAUAUUAGCUGAAAUGAAUUUUGUAUUAAUUGUUUAUAAUUGACUUUCAUCCCAGAAAAAAGUCAGAGGAGCACACGUGGAUUAGACUAGAAAAACCUCAGGAACUAAAAUAUAAAGAUUUGCUUUGAAGAACUAAUGGUUGAAAUUUUGUCAUCCCCUGAUUCCAGCAGUGUAAGAGAAACAGAAUUUUCCCAAGGUAACAGCAAGGGACAAGACUGCCUUCAGCUCUGGGUGGGCUUGUGAGAAAUGGGUGUUAGGAACAAAAAGCCUUCACAGGGCUGUGUCCUGACCAGUAACAGUGGCAUCCUUUGGGCUGUAAGAUUCUUUGACAUUUUCUGUGCUGUGCAAAAUGUAUGUCCAUAGUGAAAUUAGAAUUAAGAACAAACUACAGAUGAUUGAGCUUCAAACAUACAGAACCAUUUCCAAAUAAAUUGUUCUUUUGGACUCUUAGAGAAGAAAAAGUUUUGAAAGUCUCAAGAAUAUCUGGUAUCUCCCUACAAAGAAGCUGCAGUAAGCAAGAUAAUUACUUAGCACACAAAAUCUUACUUUUAAGCUGGAAUGCUAAAGAUUUAUAAGAGAGCAGAAGAAUGGCAUUCCUGCAAUCACAAGCUUUAGUACUAGCUUAGUACUUCACUAGGAAAUGCUCUCUCUGUGCACUUUCUGUUCUUAAGUUGCAGUGCUUUAGGAAACAAACAGCUGAUCAGAAUAACUGGAAUAUCAGAAUAAGCUGCAGUUCCUGACUGGGAGUUCUUUCAGUGCAAUGGGUUUUAGGCAAACCACAACCCUCCAAAAGCAGCACCAUCAGAUAUUGUUGAAAAGCCACAUAACUGUUUCUGUUCUGCACUAAGUGCCUGACAAAUGUCUGUAUAAAGUGAUCAAAGUGCUAAUGAGCUUUGCUUGUUCCAGCUAAAUCAACCAAAACCAGUAGGGGAAAAAUAAAUUCUGUACUUCUGGGAUCAUUCCCCUAAAAUUACCCAGAAAAUCCAUGUGAGAGCAGUCUGAGUGCUGCAGUGAAAGGAUUCUCCUGAAGGCAACACCCAGAGGGUAAAGCACAAGUGAAGGGCAAGUCUGCACUUAUUUUGACAAGUCCAGGAAUGAAACCCCACUGGUUUUCUCUACUCUCCAAGUACUUCCAGGUCAUAAUAAAUUGAUUGUGACAUAAA